AUGGCGCUUGGCAACCUUCGCGGUCGGCCGCUCUCUUUUGUCAUCGGAAUCGUCUGUGCCUUGGGGUUUAUGCUCCAAGGGUACGACCAGGCCGUUGCAAAUGGCCUGCUGACUUUGGAUACCUUCGUCUCAACUUUUCCUGAAAUAGACACCCUGCAUACCAGCGGCGCGCAGAAAAACCACAACUCAACCAUCCAAGGCACAACUGUUGCCAUUUAUGAACUCGGAUGUGCCUUGGGCGCCCUCUCAUGUAUGUUUAUCGGUGACAAACUAGGUCGUCGCAAGACCAUCUUCCUGGCAGGAUGUGUCGUUAUUGUUGGAGUCAUCAUCCAGACGACUCCCUUUUCCUUGGCACAACUCAUUGUUGCUCGAGUUAUCACUGGUCUUGGAGUCGGUGCCUUCACUGCAACUAUACCAAUGUAUGUCUCGGAGAGUGUAAAUGCCAAGCACAGAGGAAAAAUUGUUCUUUUGGAGGGAUUCUUUGCCAUUGGUGGCGUCGCCUUGGCCUCCUGGAUUGAAUUCGGCCUAUACUAUGUCAAGAACAAUUCCGUCAAUUGGCGCUUCCCAAUCGCUUUCCAGGGCCUUUUCGGUAUCAUUAUAACUUCCUGCAUCCUUUUCCUGCCCGAAUCGCCUCGUUGGCUGGUUCGCAAAGAUAGAAUGGAGAGCGCUGCUAGAGUCCUGGCCCAGCUGGAAGAUGCUGAUGGGGACUCGGAAGCAGUCGCUCAAGGUUUAGACAGCAUCCGCCAAUCGCUCCAGGACGAUCAAGGCUCCGAACGAUCUCACAACCCGUUCGCCUUCAACGAAACCCGAAACUUCAACCGCACAAUGGUAGCCAUUGCGGUCAACGUCAUUGCUCAAAUGACCGGUGUCAAUGUCAUUACCUUCUAUUCCGAUACCAUCUUUGAAACUGACCUGGGCUACUCUGGGACCACGGCGCGUAUCAUUUCCGGCUGUCUCCAGAUCUGGCAGUUCCUCUGUGCUGGUCUAGCGGUUUUGCUCAUUGACAGGUUUGGACGUCGUCGUCUGCUCAUUGCUGCGUCAUUCGGAAUGGCUAUAUGCCAGGCCUGUCUAGCCGGUCUCUCGUCAGACUUGAGCAACAAGUCAGCGGCAUCUGCAUCGCUGCUGUUCUACUUCUUGGCUUUCUUCUGCUUCCCGAUCGGUCUCUUCUUGCUGCCGUUCAUGUAUGCGGCCGAGAUUGCGCCGCUACAGAUUCGAGCCAAGGUGGCCGCGAUGAGUGCCGGCGCUAACUGGCUGUUCAACUUUUUGCUCGCCGAAGUAACGCCGGUCGGAUUCGACAACAUUGGGUACAAAUACUAUAUAAUCUAUUCGUGUAUCAGCGCCGGUGGCUGUGCCUUUUUCUACUUCUUCUGCCCGGAAACCAAGGGCCGAUCGCUUGAAGAGAUUGACGAGAUCUUCGUGCAAUCGAAAAACGCUUUCGACCCUGUACGCAUUGCCCAGGAGAUGCCAUUCCACACAGACGCUCUGGCUGCGAUGGAUGAAAAGGCCGCCAAGGAACACGCCGAGACCGUGUAG